GCGGAGGAGGCGGAGGCGGAGGCGGCGCCCGGUCAUGGCAGCGCUCGCCUCUCCCGUGGACAAAGGCAGCCGGCGGGCCGGGGGCUGAAGCAGCCGGAGGAGCCCCCGCCGAGGCGGACAGGGACGGCCACCAUGAAGCUGAACGAAAGGAGCCUCUCCUUCUACGCCACCUGCGCCUCUCCGGCCGACCACGCCGGCUUCCUGCACAAGAAGGGCGAGCGGAACACGGCCUACCACCGGCGCUGGUUCGUGCUGAGGGGGAACAUGCUCUUUUACUUCGAGGAGCGGGAGAGCCGCGAGCCCGUGGGUGUCAUCAUUCUGGAGGGCUGCCGAGUGGAGCUAUGCCAGGACAGCGAGGAGUUCGCCUUUGCCAUCCGAUUCGACGGCCCCAAGUCCCGCACCUACGUCUUGGCGGCCGAGAACCAGGCCGCCCUGGAGCGCUGGGUCAAGGCGCUCUCCCGAGCCAGCUUCGACUACCUGCGCCUGGUGGUGAGAGAGCUGGAGAAGCAGCUGGAGGAGAUGCAGGCGGCUAUCCCGGGAGCCCAAGCGGCCCCGAGACGGCGGCUGCUGUAUCGGAAAAACAGAACGGCGCCCAAUUUGGAACUAGCUGCUCUGCCACGGGAGAAGCCCUCCCUGCCCGUUUGCAUCCCCGGGAAAGAGAACGGCUGUGCCUUAUGGAAUAACUCCGAAGCCUCGGCCAGCUUGUCUCCUGCCUGCAGAGAGGUGAACCCUUACAGCGGGGCCAAGAGCUACGAUGGAGGGCUCAAGCCGCCACCGUUGCCUCCUCGGAGACGGUCCUUGCCGAGCAGCUCCGGCGGGACCGGCGGCCCGAGCUCGGAUGGCGCCUUGUCUCUAAGCGCAGUGUGUUUUUCCCAGCUGCACGGCUGGUAUGGCCAGGAGAUUGUGGAGUUGCAGAAGGCUUGGCUGGAAGGUCAGAAGGAGGGGGACAGCAGUCUUUGAAUGUCCCCAGGGGUGGACAGGCGCUUCCUGGAAAAACUGAAGCGGCUGAAGCUCGGCCACGCUUGGAAACCUACCAGCAUGGACUUCUUUUGCAGAUGAGACUGCUGGAAACUUUGCCUUCGGUCUGCCGAUAGCAGCCUUCCAUGAUUCAUGGAAAAGUCAUGGCUGGUGCCAGCUCACAUCCUCCCCCUCCUCCAGAAAUCCCCCUUCCUCAAACCGGCAAAACUUUCUAGUUCCUGGAGGCCUUCACCGUUAAGGGAUGAGAUGUUGUUGUUGGAAACCAGGAAAGGUUUUCCUCUGGAUGCACGCACAGCCCCCCACCCCCCAGCAGGCUAACUAGGGGAAGUGAAGCUGGGAGCGUCUUUCGAUCCCUGGUCCCAACGAAGCCCUUGGGCGGAGCAGGGAGGGAGGGAGGACCUACAUCUGCAGAAGCACCGCAAGGACCAUGGACACGUUUGGGCUUGGCUCAAUGACUUCUCCAGGAGAAGGGGUUCCACCACAAAACCGCGGACGACAAAAUCGCGGUUGACGAAAGCGCGUAUGUGAC